CAAAAUUCAGUUGCGCGUUAUCACUUGCUCGUUGAAGUCACGCCACGGAUAUCUCUACGGGUUUCAUUUUUAAUAUUUGCUCUUCAAGUAGUGAGUGUUUUGCAAAUAACUCCGCGGAAAAUACUUUGCAUUUCUCUGAUUAAAUAUUGUCUACACAAGUUUCAUAACGUCUCGUUCGAGACGUACUAAGUAAAUCAGUUCUCUGUUAUCAGUGCUUCUGUUUCCUUUGUUUUCAAUACUUUGUUUGGGUCAGGAUUGUUUCACUUGUUAUAUCGAGGCUGUAAUUGUGACGAUCCUACCUUUUGGAAUAAUAGCUGGAGAAAAGUAAAUAGGAUUCAUCAGCGAUGACGAGCGUUCUGAAUGGAAUGAAUGGCAUGAACGGAUUGAACGGCACAAACGGUACGAAUGGGAUUCACUCCGUGAACGGGCACAACGGGAGCCUCUACGGGCUCAAAAACCAUGAAGACAUCGCUGAGAAGGAGACCAUGGCCCAUGGUUUCUGGACGGUGGGCCUCAUCAACUCCCAGCAUCGCUACCUUACCGCUGAGACCUUCGGCUGCAAGGUGAACGCGAACGGGUCAUCGCUGAAGAAGAAGCAGAUCUGGACGCUGGAGCCGGGGGUGUACGGGGACGCAAGCUCCUCCUCGACGGUGUACCUGCGGAGCCACCUCGGGAAGUACCUCUCGGUCGACUCGUUCGGGAACGUCACCUGCGACUCGGAGGAGAAGGACCCGAGCGCCGUCUUCCAGAUCUCCGUCGCCGACGACAACACCGGCCGCUGGGCCUUCCGCAACAUCAUCCGCGGCUACUUCCUCGCCGCCUCCCAGGACAAGCUCGUCUGCACCGCCAAGGUCCCCGCCGAACCAGAGUUCUGGCUCCCCCACCUCGCCGCCAGGCCCCAGGUGAACCUGCGUUCGGUCGGACGCAAGCGUUUCGCGCACCUGUCGGAGAACCUGGACGAGAUCUACGUGGACGCGAACGUACCGUGGGGGGAGGACACGCUGUUCACCCUUGAGUUCCGGCUGGAGGACUCCGGGAAGCUGGGCAAGUACGCCCUUCACACUUGCAACAACAAGUACCUCUCGAAGGAGGGCAAGCUCUCGGAGAAGUGCACGGGGAGCUGCCUCUUCUCCAUCGAGUACCACUCCGGGAUGAUGGCCCUGAGGGACAACUCCGGCGGCUACCUCUCGCCGAUCGGCUCCAAGGCCGUCCUCAAGACGCGCUCCAACUCCGUGACCAAGGACGAGCUCUUCACCCUCCAGGACUCCCUCCCGCAGGCCAGCUUCGUCGCGGCCCUCAACUCCCGCUACGUCUCCGUCAAGCAAGGAGUGGACGUGACAGCGAACCAAGACGAAAUCUCCAACUACGAAACUUUCCAGCUGGAGUUCGACAAGUCAACAAGGAGGUGGUACAUUCGCACCAUGCAAGACCGUUACUGGACGCUAGAGACCAAUGGCGGGAUCCAGGCUGUCGCAGACAAAAGAUCAUCGAACGCUCUGUUUGAUUUGGUUUGGCAAGGAGAUGGAUCCGUGGCGUUCCGAGCCAACAACGGAAAAUACGUAGCAACGAAGCGAUCCGGACACUUGUACGCCAACGCCGAUUCUGUCGAUGAACUCUCGAAAUAUUUCUUCUAUCUCAUCAACAGGCCAAUUUUAGUUUUGAAAUCAGAGCAAGGUUUUGUUGGAAUGAAAAGUGGAUCUGGCUUCCGAUUGGAGUGUAACAAAGCAAGUUAUGAAACCAUUCAGGUGGAGCGCGGAGAGAAAGGAGUCGUCUACUUCAAAAGUCAGAACGGAAAAUACUGGCAUUGCGACAGUGAAGGAGUUACAGCGGAUUCCGACACUCCUGAAGGAUUCUUCCUAGAGCUUCGUGAACCAACCAGAAUAUCAAUAAAAAGCGCUGGUCCAAGCGGAGAAUACUUGAUUGCUGGCAAGAAUGGAAACUUCAGACUGGGAGAUUCCGAUCACAAUACCGCAACCAAAUGGGAAUACUAGACUACAAUGAGCUUCGCUUUCAGCUGUAAAGAUGUUAUGAGAAUAUUCCUUCAGCCUUGCUCCUAAUUUAUUAUCUUAUGAUAUUCUGUUCCAUAUCAUUUGUACUUUUUUACUAUUUUCUAUCGAUUUUCAUUUUAAGCUUUUUAGAUAGUUUAAAACGUAAACUUUACUCAUGUGAACUCCAUUUCGAUUUAAUUACUGGCAGGCAGUUUCAUUUUUAAGUGCCAUGAAAUCGAGAAUCAAAUGUCACUUAAAUUAAUCAAUUUCCUGUCCAUUUUUGUUUCUCUCAUCGGUUGCUUUACCUAUGGCUCCGUUUCUAAUUUCCAGCAUGUGAUUCUUUUCUGUUUAUACAACAGAUCCUGAACUGGAUGUAGCGAACUUUUUUUCUACUUAUGAGAAAAGGAUAACAUCAGGAACUGAGAAAUAUUGAAAUAAUAGGAAACUUUCAUGUUCACCCAGUGACUGCAAGGUGCUGUGACUUGGAUGUAAAGAAAGUUUGCAUUUUAGUUAUCAAACAUACCUACAAUUUAACAAGAAUUUUGAUCAAAUAUCCCGGUGUAACAAUGGAGGAAAUAUCUUUGUAUUUAAGAAGUAUGCAGUUAUCAAACUAGUCGUUAGGAUAUCGCUGAAGUCUUAUUAAUUUUGUUGAGUUUAUGAUAUGUUGAAUGAAUUUUUGUUUUGUGUUAAGAAGUCGUUAUUAUUGGGAUUGCAUUCGAAAUCAAACUGGUUCAGCAAAAUAGAUUAAAGAUAUGUUGAACAAGUCGCUAAUUCCAACAUUAUAUGAUUUGACAAACAGGAAAUACGCCCCUUUGUGUGGUGCUUUUCUCAGCUUCUGAAUUUUCAUAUUUUCUGGGACAUUUAAAGUUCAGAUUUUUCCAUUAGGUAUCACAAAUUUUUCAACCAAGUACUAUGUGCCCAGCAGCAAUAUUUUUAACUUAGCCAAAUUGCUAUCUUUGACAUAUUUGCAAUCACAACGGAAUGGGACGAUUUAAUAAAAAUUCCAUCAUGAUUCUCUCAUUUGGACUAAAUUGCUCACCUUGGUUCUCCCAUCUUUUUCAAUCUUUUCUCUCGAGACCCAUUAGCAGUAAUAAAUCCAUUUAAUUUCCCACAAGAAUUUGAAUCAUAAAAAUUAAAUUACUAUCAACAAUACAAUAAAUCUUGGAAAGAACACUUGGGGAAAUAAUUUACGAUAGACUGCAUCAAUUUAUUUAUAUCAGAAGUCUGAAAUAAAAGAAAUGGGGAACCUUCCAUCUUUAAAAUUCUGUUAAGUCUAAAUUAGGAUGGAGACAUUUUUAGAGAAAAAUUCAAUGUGUAACUAACAGGAAUACAGAAGAAAACGUGUAGAGGUUAUCAAUUCUUAUUCUUUUCCUUUCCUAAGUGCAAUAUAAUAGUUUUAGUCUCUUACUAAACAAGUCAAACCUAAUGGUGAUAAUGUGAUUUUAAUUUCCUAAUGCCUGCCGAUGUGUGGCAUGGAUACUUUUUAUUUUCCUAAACUUUCGGUAUCUCAAAAACUAACAUCUCGUUUAAUUUAAUUCCUAGAGCUCCCUAUUUCUGCAGUACAAUAGCUCUCGAGAAGCCUUCAAAAUAGGAGGUAUAUAAUUUCAUACUAAGGUAAGCUUUACUAUCGCAUAUCUUGAAGGCAUUCUUUGAACGAAAGCACUCAGUGCAGUGGAAGAAUCUGGAAAGAUAUUACUCUGUCGCACCACCUCUCGAAUGCUUUCAUUUUUCGAAGGCCACAUCUGUAGAAAGCAGGGAGUGACAUGAAACCAAAGAAAAAUUAGUUUUUAUUGUAACAUAAAAUUUAUUUAUUACAGCUAAAAUUGGCUGCCAUGAAUUGAAAGUUCUAUACAUGAAGGCAAAAUGUAAUUUAACGAUGACUUUGUAUUUAAUUAUUGUAUAAGUUGUAAGUGAAUUCUGCCCCAAACGUCUGAGGUUUCCAUAAAUACUUAAAAAGAUAAGGUUGAAAUGAAAAUCCUCUUAUAGUUUUUUUCGCAGGGCAGAUUUAAUGAUUGUUGGGAUAUAAAUAGAGGAAACUAGCGUGACAAAGUUUAUUAUUUUAACAGAAAGUAAAAAAAUUAUGUAAGUGAAGUUUUAGUUGUAAAAUGAAAGUAAGGAGGUCAUAUUUUGUUUAAAAAAAAAAAAAAAAAAAAAAAAAUGCGUCACCCAAGUACAUAAAAAACGUUUUUUUUUUAUAGUGAAAAUUAAAUAACUUAGCUACCAUUUGAAAUGCAAAA